AACAACGGAAUCAGAUAAGACGGACAGGGAUCAGUAGAGCACAUAAUAGAACAAAUAAGAAGUAACAAGAGGUGUUACGACUUACAAGAAGAAGAAGGAGGAGAAGAGGAAAUACGGGAGAAGAGGAACAAAGAAGAAGAAAAAGUAGUGGCAGGUUAAGAAGAAAUACGCUGUAUUUCGAAGAUAUUUGACGAAUUCUGAUAUAGUUGGCAAACUUAUCACUCUCUAGGAUGAUUUGGAAAAAGCAAGUUGCUAUUUUCUUCUGCGUAGCUGUAAUCUAUUCAGAGGCAGGUCAAAGUCUGCUCUUUCCAUUUGGAUUAAAUGAAGGGGACGAAUUCCUACCCGCCACCGUUGACGGCGGGACAAACGAGCUAUCAAUUGCCGUCGCCUUUCCGUUCUACGAUCACGAAUAUACCAGUCUUUAUGUCAACAAUAACGGUCUCAUCUCGUUCUUGGAAACAUUUUCUCAAUAUACCCCUGAACCGUUUCCCCUCGCUAUUGACCGACGCCUUUUGGCACCAUUCUGGGCUGAUGUUAACACAGAGAUCGGCGGUAAUGUAUCCUAUCGAGAAGUCUUACGAUUCGCCCAAAACGACGGCAUAUUCCUCGAAGCCGAUGGAAUUAUAAGAGCAUCAUUCGUUGACAUGAGAGAUUUUGUGUCGUCAUGGAUGUUCAUCGCGACCUGGGACAACAUGUCUUUCUACGGUAGUUCUCCUGCCGCCCACAGGAAUUCCUUUCAGGCUGUGAUGGUGACAGAUGGCCGAUACUCCUUCGUCAUCUUUAAUUACGGUGAUAUCAACUGGACAACAGGAACUGACAAUGAAGGUGAUGCUAAUACUGGUCUAGGUGGUACCCCAGCUCAGGUUGGAUUCAACGCUGGUGACGGAGUGAACUUUUACAGUGUCCCCGGAUCUCAGACAGCGGCCAUCGUCGAUAUCGAAACGACAUCGAAUAUCGGUGUACCGGGAAGAUGGGUGUUCAGAACGGACAACUCCAAUAUCGAAGGACUAGAAUGUACUACCUCCGGUGCCGUUUCCCUAUUCCCAUUGGUCGGUUCAAUGCUUGGCGGAACUCAGGUUUUCAUCAACGGACCGUGCUUCAACGCAAACAGCCUGAUUGUCUGUGAUUUUGACGGAAUCGAGACUUCUGGAAGACUUCUGGAAGACGAGAUCGCCCUCUGCGUUUCGCCGACUUUCUACAAAGUUGGACGGAUUCCCUUGCGCGUGUCUCUAGACGAUGGAGUCACGUUCGAUUUCACAGGAUUGUUCACAAUUAUCAGUGUCGAGGACGUUCCUGACAAUGUAUUUUCUUCGGUAACGGAAAGCAACCAAAGAGAGUCCGACUUCGAGAUCACGUGGGACACAGAUGCCCUCGAAAGCGUAGACGAGGUUGACAUCGUUGUCUACGGCUACCGAGAAGACAAUGACGUGGAGUUUAGUGGACCUUUGGUCGUAGUGGCACAGGGAGUUGACUAUCAUCUCGGUCACCACAGUGUCUCAGGGCUACUAGACCCUGAACUACACUUCGACGUCGGUGUUAUUGGGGUCAGGGAAUCUGAAGGUCAAGGGGGAAAGUAAGAAUUACAUCAAAUUUUAUAUCUUCUACUUUAAGUGUAGUUUUAGUUUAUCUAUCGUUCUUGAUAAUUAAGUCUGAUGAACUAUUCUCCCAGAUGUGAUCUCGGGGCAGCAAGGACAGACGAGAUAUAGCUUGACAUAGAAGAAGAGG